CAUAUAUUUUUAUUUUGUAUAGUUCGAAAUGUUGGAUUAUUUGUCUGAUAAUUGCAUUCCCUCUAGAGCAGUCCUCGGACAAGGACAGCGAAGAAUUUCUAGCACGUCUCGUUCUUGUUCUUGUUCCUGUUCUUGUGUGAUGGGCUGUUGCAAGAGCAAAGACGUUUGGCAAACUAACUUCAAGGCCACGGAAUUGAGCUCUAACAAGUGUGACGCUGAGUGGGAGGAAAUCAUGGGAAACCCAGCCACCUUUGCAAUGGGGAGUCAUUGGGGACCUGCUGCCCGCUUCGGAGCAAUCCCGGGAGUCAUCCGUGUACGAGUAGGGUUCACCGGAGGCACUGAGGAAGAACCAAUGUACAAUGACCCAAAGGAUCACAUUGAGGCAGUGAGUUUGCAGUUUGACCCUGACCGAGUCACUUAUCAACGUCUCUUGGAAUUAUUUUGGGACUAUCAUGACUGGACUCUAGAAAAUCCACAUCAGUACUCGUCCUUCAUUUUCUGUCAUGACGAGGAACAAAAGUCUGCAGCUGAAGCGUCUUUCCUGGAGAUGCUGAAAAAGACUGAGAAGAAAGUCCGAACUAAAAUUGGGACGUAUACUCAGUUCUGGCAGGCAGAUGAUGACUUUCAGCAUAAUUUGCUUCAGCAGCACAAGAACAUCUUCCCACGACUUCACAUCCCAUUCGUCCAGUUGGCCCACUCUCACCUGGCGACGAGAGUGGAGGGCUACGUGUGUGGGUACGCCAAGCCGGAACUAUUUGACGACGAGGUUGCCGAGCUCUACCUCCCGACAACGCUUUCCAGUGACAUUCGCAAGGAGUGCAUGGCCAAUCAGCCCUCGGACGAGGGAGUCGACAAAUUUCCUCUCUGAUCCUUGAAAUCAUCCUUCUAUUUAUACUUAUUUAAACUUAUUAUUGUUCCAUAAUUGUGUAUUGUAUUAAAAGUGUCUACAUAAUU